AUGUAUAAAAUAUUAUCUAUGUAUGUAUAUUUGUUAUCUAUCUAUCGAACUAUCUACUUAUAUAUCUAUCUAUUUAUAACUGUAUAUUUGUUAUCCAUCUAUCUUUCGAACAAUCUAUCAUCGUAUAUUUGCUAUCUAUCUUUCGAACAAUCUAUCUAUCAACGCAUAUUUGUUAUCUAUCAACGUAUAUUUGGCAUCUAUCUAUCUAUCUAUCUAUCUAUCUAUCUAUCUAUAUUUCUAUUUAUCUAUCUAUCGUCGUAUAUUUAUCAAUCUAUCAUCGUAUAUUUGUUAUCUAUUUCCGUAUCUUUGUCAUCUAUCUAUCCAUCUAUCUGUGACUGCAUAUUUUUAUUUUUUAUAUCUAUCUAUCUAUCUCAUUCUGUUCAUAUCUAUCUAUCUAUCUAUCUAUCUAUCUCAGUCUGUUCAUAUCUAUCUAUCUAUCUAUCUAUCUAUCUAUCUAUCUAUCUAUCUAUCUAUCUAUCUCAUAUCUGUCAUCGUAUAUUUGUUUUCUUUCUUUCUUUCUUUCUUUCUUUCUUUUUUCUUAUUAUCUAUAUUUGUUAUCUAUCUAUCUAUCUAUCUAUCUAUCUAUCUAACACUAUAAAUAUUUUAUUCUUUUUCUUUAUCCUAUUAUUCAUUCCUCCGUCUUCCGUGAAGUCUACGCCAUUCCAGGACGCUGGCUUCCAUUCCGAAAUCAUUGAUUCGAUUUUCGGAUUUUUGAUGCCGAUUCUUCCCCUUAUUGAGUUGCUUCACCUCACACCAUUCGUUCGUCGAAUUUACUGGAAUUCAGCUCGAGAAAAUGUCGACCUAACCUGCAGCCGUCAACUCAACAAUCGACGUCUUUCCUUCUACCGUUCGACUUAUCCAAACCAUUUUUCCCCAUCUCAACAAAAACCCUCUCCUGCUUCAAUUGAACCUUUUUUAAAACGACAAAUAUUUUCUUUCAUUUUCUUUUUCUUUCAUUUUUUUCUUUCUUUUCUGCUUUCACAUUCUUUGCAUCAUUUUUUCUCAUAUAUUUACAUUUUUAUCUUUCUUUUUUUCAUUUUUAUAUUUCGUUUUCUUUUUAAUCUUCCUUUUUUUACCUUUUUUUUUCUCUUUUCUUUGUUGCUUUUUCUUCAUUUUCGUUUUAUCUGA